UUCUUCUGUGUGUGCGUGCGUGCUGUUCUUUUUUUUGUAGAAAAGGGAAACCUCGACUUGCUCGUGGUUAGGUUCCCGAAAAAUAAAAUAAAAAUCAAAUUUCUUAAGCAAAAACAAUCCAACCCAUAAAAUAAUUUGCACUCGUUGCCAUCAAAAUAUCCUCACGAAAAAACUUUUAUCCAAUUUUUGCCGCACUUAAACUCGGGAAUACGCGAAGAUCUAAUCACUCUUCAACGAAUUGAAAGCCCGCAACCACAACGCCCGCAAGAAGUAGCAGCAGCAGCAGCAACUCCAGCCAAGAUGCCUUCUAGCGAUCCAUUGCCGCAAAAGGAGAGCGCUCUCUUCCGCAAACUCUUGAAAUGCUAUGAAAUGAAGCAAUAUAAAAAUGGAUUGAAACUGGCCAAACAGAUUCUCUCCAAUCCCAAGUAUGUGGAACACGGCGAGACACUUGCAAUGAAAGGUCUCACCUUGAAUGGCCUCGGUCGACGUGAUGAGGCAUACAAGUAUGUGCGACAAGGUUUACGUAAUGACUUAAAAUCGCACGUUUGUUGGCAUGUUUACGGUUUGCUUCAAAGAUCCGACAAGAAGUACGAUGAAGCCAUUAAGUGUUAUAGAAAUGCACUCAAGUGGGAAAAGGAUAAUUUACAAAUUUUGAAGGAUUUGUCAUUGCUUCAAAUACAAAUGAGAGAUUUGGAAGGCUACAAAGAGACCCGCCAUCAUUUGUUCAAACUGCGACCAUCGCAACAUGCCUCAUGGAUUGGUUUUGCAAUGAGUUAUCAUUUGUUGGGUGACUUUGAGAUGGCCAAUAGUAUUUUGGAGACUUUUAGGCAGUCGCAAGCGUUGAUUGAAACUCAUGACUAUCGUCAUAGUGAGCUGCUACUUUACCAGAACCAAAUUCUCAUUGAAUCUGGUAAUCUAGAGAAGGCCCUCAAUCAUUUGACUAAGUUCGAGAGUCAAAUUGUGGAUAAGUUGGCAGUUAAAGAAACUAUUGGUGAUUUGUACAUUCAACUAGGUCAACAUAGUUCUGCUGUGCCAAUCUACGAGUAUCUAAUCAAGCGUAAUCCGGAGAACACAUUGUAUUUCCAUAAGUUUUUCGAUGCCAAAGAAAUCGCCGACGAUAGUGAAAAACUUAAAAUCUAUAAGCAAUUCCAAGAAGAGUAUCCACAAGCAAUGUGUCCCAAACGUCUGCCAUUGGAUGUUGCGUCUGGGGAGAGUUUCUUCGAAGUCAUCGAUGAGUAUUUGCGACGUGGUCUGAGGAAGGGAGUGCCACCGUUGUUUGUCAAUAUUCGUUCCUUGUACAAGUUUCCGGAAAAGGUUAAAACUAUCGAGAGCCUGGUGCUUGACUAUUACGAGAACCUUCGAAGUACGGGACACUUUUCGAAAGCCGAUUGCGAACAAAACAAGGCUAACGAACCGGCGUCGGCAUUGCUCUGGACAACGUUAUUCUUGGCACAACAUUAUGAUUUCAUGCGCGAGACUGAAAAGGCGCUGGAAUUCAUAAACAUUGCCAUCGAUCAUACACCUACGCUGAUAGAGUUGUUCGUGACCAAAGGACGAAUUUACAAACAUGCUGGUAGUCCAGUCGAGGCGUACAUGUGGCUGGAUGAAGCACAAAGCUUAGACACUGCUGAUAGGUACAUCAACUCAAAGUGUGCUAAAUACAUGUUGCGGGCAAAUAUGGUCAAAGAAGCAGAAGAAAUUUGUGCAAAGUUCACGCGAGAGGGUGUGUCAGCGAUGGAGAACCUUAACGAAAUGCAAUGCAUGUGGUUCCAGACAGAGUGUGCAUUGGCCUACCAGCGUCUUGGAAAAUGGGGUGACGCUCUUAAGAAAUGUCACGAAGUCGAUAGACAUUUUGCAGAAAUUAUCGAAGAUCAAUUUGAUUUCCAUACAUAUUGCAUGAGGAAGAUGACACUGCGUGCUUAUGUUGGACUUUUACGGCUGGAGAACGUCCUGAGGAAGCAUCCAUUCUAUUAUAAGGCUGCUAAGUGUGCCAUCGAGGUGUACAUUCGAUUGUAUGACCGGCCACUGAAGUCAGAAGAAACCGUUGAGGAAAUCGAUACUGAGAAUCUUCCACCCUCUGAACUCAAGAAACUUCGCAACAAACAACGCAAAGCCAAAAAGAAAGCCGAACUCGAAAGCGCUCAAGCCGCCGAAGCGGCCGUCAAACGUGAACAACAUCAAAAGUCUAAGCAACAAAACGCCCAAGAGGCCGAUCCCGAGGCUCCGCAGUUGGACGAAUUGAUCGCCGAAAAACUCGAACGUCCAGACGAUCCACUUGAAAAGGCAAUCGAUUUCCUUACACCCCUACAACUGUUAGCCAAAGAUCGCAUUGAAACUCACUUCCUUGCAUUCGAGAUUUACUCGAGGAAGAAUAAAAUUCUUCUCAUGAUCCAGAGUAUAAAACGGGCCCGAGCACUCGAUGCCAAACAUCCAUUAGUUCAUGCAUGUUGUAUGAAAUUGGUUAAAGCCCUGCAACUCAUGGGAGCCAAUCUAAAUCCGAGUGUUAAGAUUGUUGUUGAGAAGGCUCACAAAGAACUGAUUGGCAGUGGCAAGACAUCGCAGCAAAUCAACGACGAAUUCAUUGCGAACAAUCGUGAUUCAAUUUCGCAUUUAGUUGAAGGAGCUAAAGUUUUGUAUCUUCUCGAUAACAGUAAAAAAGACGAAGCCAUUAAACUAAUAACCUCGUUCGAUUUAAAUAAAAUGACUUUAGAGGAAGCGACAAAAAUAUAUGAAACCUUGCGCGAUGGACAUUUGUGCAGCAGUGAGGAGCACACAAAAGCCUAUCUAGAGCGAUGCCAGCAACGUUUCAAAUAUGCUCGGGUCUUUAAAGAGCUCACACCACAAGCCGAGAAUCACGUUAACGAAUCAAAAGUUGAUGCCGCUAUCAAAACUGCAGACUUGUAGGGAAGCACUAAACAACAACAUUUCACCAACAAUAAACACACAAAACAAAAAUCGCAACAACAACAACACCAACAACUAAAAACAAUGAAUAAGCAUUAAAGAAAAGCACUCGACCCAACAAACUGAAUAUCAAUACCUUACACUCACUCAACUUUGAGAAUAUUUUUAGUGUUUUUUUUUUUCUUCUAUUUUUCUUUUGUGUUUCCCUUUCCCCCUGGACACUAGAUUUGCGUCUUUUUUCCCACCCCCUGUUUUUGCCAAAAACGGUGCAAUCCUUGUAAUUUCUUUUUUUUUUUAUAAAUUUGUCAUCUAACAAAACUGCAAAAGUAAAAGAAAUAUAAGUUCUUAAGUUUUUUUUACUAGAAUAUAAAUAUACAAUAUUUAAGUAUAUGUAUAACGCAAGAUAAGUAAAACAAAAGAAAAAUUUGAGAAAGGGAGAUUAUUGUAUAGAAAUUCAUUAAUAAACAAAAAUAAAUAAAAAACAAAACACA